AUGGGAAAGGCUCAUCCCCUCUGUCCGGCUUGGAUUUCUCCACGUCCUGGUAUUCCAACUAUCUCUUGGUAUGACCAUGCCAGUCCUGGUGAAGGUCUAGCUGUGGAACCACAACAUCUGGAGUAUCUUGGCUCCUUUAGGUUGUGGCCUCUUGCUGGAACACAAUCUCCUGUAUCUGGUUUAACCUUCUUGAACCAUACCUGGAAUGUCUACUCCUGCUACUGCCAUGGGUUGAUUGCCUAUCAUCACUUUCUUCUGACUCAAGUCCUUCUCGAAGAGCUGCUUGAUCUCUUUCCAUGGCACAGUGUGGAUUCUGGCUAG